UUUUUCAGGUCAAUCUUUCUCUGCUCCUAAUAUUAUUCCUACUUCGACAACCAAUCCGCAGAUCAUCAGAACCUUCUUCUUUCUUUUGUUUUCUAUACCCUUUUACUAUUCUUCUUUUGUUUAACUCCCAUUUCUUGAGAGUUCAUUCAAAUUAUCCAUUCUUGAAUUCAGGCAUCACCAUUUCCAAAUUCUUGAAUGGCUACUGGCUUUAGACUUCCCAUUUGGUUCGUGUUUCUUUUCGUUCUUUCUUGUUUCUCCUCAUUCUGUUUAGCUGGUGACAGAUUUACACUAGGAGAGACUUUAAAAGAUGGUGAUAACAUCACUUCUAAAGAAGGGAAAUUUGUUUUGGGGUUCUUUAGUCCUACUACAGGUUCUAGUAAAAGGUAUCUUGGUAUAUGGUACGCUGAUAUUAAAGUAAAGACAGUUAUUUGGGUUGCCAACAGGAACAAGCCUGUCCAUGAUAAAAAUGGUACCUUUUUGAUUGACAAAAUUGGGAAUUUGGUUGUUAAAAAUGGACAUGGAGAUUUACUCUGGUCAUCUAAUGUUUCUGUCGAAACCAGGAAUUCUACGGCUUGUAUCAUGGACGAUGGAAAUCUUGUUAUCCGUAACAAUGACAGGGAUGCUACCAGGUUAAAUUCUGCCUUGUGGGAGAGUUUCUUGCAUCCUACAGAUACCUUUUUGCCUGGAAUGAGAGUUUUAAUGGAAAGACAAGGCAAUGAGCGUAAAGUUUUGAGUUCUUGGACAAAUGAAAGUGACCCUUCACCUGGAAGGUACUCAUUGGGGGUUGAUCCUCGUGGAGCACCGCAGAUUGUUAUCUGGGAUGGAUCGGAUAGACGUUGGAGAAGUGGACAAUUUGAUGGGGUGGAAUUCACUGGCAUUCCAAAUGUGACUAGAUCUAUUUUGUUUUCUGGUUUCAAAAUUAAUAACGACGAUGAUGGUAGAUUGUUCUUCACUUACGCUUCCUCAAACACAUCUGCUUUGGUGAGGUUCCAGCUUACUGUGACCGGAAAUGAGCUGCAACAGAGGUGGGACGAAGGAAAGGGGCGAUGGAACACGUUACAAUCUAGGCCAGCAGGUGGUUGUGACUUGUAUAACUUUUGUGGGAAUUUCGCGAAAUGUAAUAAAGAAGUAUGCCUUUGUUUAGAAGGAUUUGUACCACGUGUUCCGGAGCAGUGGCAUGCUGGGAACCGGAGAGGAGGAUGUGUUAGGAGGACCGAAUUGGAAUGCAGGAGGAGCAAUAGCAGUGUUUUGAGGAAUAAUAGUGGAAAAAAUGACAGAUUUAGGGCUUUUCAGAGAGUUAAAUUGCCUGAUUAUGCAGAUAUUGCAGAUGGAAACAUAGAGGAGUGCAAAAUCAGGUGCCUGGAUGAUUGUUCCUGCAAUGCUUAUGCUUUUGUCAGAGUAAUCAAUUGUAUGAUAUGGCGUGAUGAUUUAGUUGAUAUUGAGCAUUUUGAGGAAGGCGGGAACACUCUGUAUGUUCGCCUAGAUCCUUCUGAAUUUGGUAAGAAAAACAGGACGAUUAAAAUUGUUGUAAUAUCAAUUCUAGUAGCUCUGGCUUUGGUUGUUAUGGUAGCUGUUUGGCUAGUAUGUAGGUACAAGGCCAGAAAACUAGAAUCCAAGAGAACCAAUGAAAUUCCAAAAAACCAUCUAGUUAGGAGUGGAGAGUUCUCCACGGAAUUCUCUGGGCCAGGUGACCUCAAUGCCGAAGGGCAUCAAGGAAAUGGUUCAGAAUUAUCAUUUUUCAGCUUCAGCAUGGUGGCCACAGCUACGGGCGACUUUUCUCUUGCAAACAAGCUUGGGCAAGGGGGAUUUGGUCCUGUUUACAAGGGAAGGCUACCUUGUGGUCAAGAAGUUGCUGUAAAGAGGCUUUCACAAAUGUCUGGACAAGGUGUUGAGGAGUUCAAGAACGAGAUCACUCUAAUAGCAAAAUUACAACACAGAAAUCUUGUUAGACUUUUGGGGUGCUCUGUUGAAGGAGAAGAAAAAAUGCUGAUUUAUGAGUACAUGCCCAACAAAAGCUUAGAUACAUUUCUAUUUGAUACUGUUAGGAAAUCCCAGUUAGACUGGAGAAAACGCUUCAACAUUAUCGAAGGAAUUGCCCGAGGAUUACUGUAUCUCCAUAGAGAUUCAAGGCUUAGAAUAAUCCAUAGGGAUCUAAAGGCUAGUAACAUUCUGUUGGAUGAAGAGAUGACCCCAAAAAUUUCAGACUUUGGCAUGGCCAGAAUUUUUGGAGGAAACCAAAAUGAAGCAAAUACAAAUAGGGUCGUAGGCACAUAUGGAUAUAUGGCUCCGGAGUAUGCAAUGGGAGGCCUGUUCUCGGGCAAGUCUGAUGUCUACAGCUUCGGCAUACUAUUGCUUGAGAUUAUAUGUGGGCGUAGAAAUACAAGCUUUCGGACGGAUGAGCAUUCAGGCAUCAUUGAAUAUGCAUGGGAGAAGUGGGAUGAAGGUAGACCAAUGGACAUAGUGGAUCGUUCAAUUUGGGAUGGUUGUCAACAUGAUGAAGCAUUGAGAUGUAUACACUUGGCAUUGCUUUGUGUUCAAGAUUUGGCUGUUCACAGACCAAACAUGUCUUCUGUGGUUUUGAUGUUGGAAACUGACAAUGUAAGGCUGCCGUUGCCUAGGCAACCUACUUAUACCUCAAUGGGAAGAUCUGUCGAUGAAGAUGUAUGGCAGGGGAAUCAGGACCCGUCUUCAAACAAUGUCACAAUUAGUGUAUUAAUAGGUAGAUGAUUGUUUAACGCUUGUUCCUUCUUACAUACCUGCUUCAUUUCAAGAGAAUGGGAUUAAGUAAUGUAACUGUGUUCAAGUUAUACUUGGAAAUAUCUUCAUAAUUUUUUUGUUAGCUAGGUAUACUUUAGCACAGUAUGUGUAUAGUAGGUGGUUCAGCUCUUCAAGCUGAAUGAGAGACGUCACAACUGCUCAAUCAAUAUGGCUAAGUUUUUGAAAUUGGAAUAUGUUCCCCAGUUACUCUUUUUCUUUACUGUUUUGUAGGUGGAUGCUCCACCAAUCGAGCAAGUCCCGCUUGUCGUAUCUAGUUAAAAUGAAGCAUUUCAAUCGGUCAGAAUA